UUAACCGCCCUGCUCUUACAUUGAAAUGCAGAGGAAUAAAUUCAACAAAAACGGAAAGUUUUACUUUAUUGUCUUGUGGACUAUUCUCAUCUGAUACGUGACUGUUUGCUCGUAAGAGAAAUAUUAACGUUGGAUUUGGUUUAGUCCCCCCUCUGUUGCUCCAUAGUGUGGAAUCCUCCGUCCUUCUCGCAUUAGCGCCUUUCUGCUGCUGCAGUAUGAACGGACUGAUCUAGUACACGCGGAUUUCGGUUAAAAUGUUUUCCGCUGGUUUGGGAUUUUGGGAACGACUUCAAGACGGACACGUGUAAUAAUAAAUAAUGUCAUUGAUUUAAGAUUAGCUCCGGGGAAGUGAACAAGCAAAGCGUGCCCUUCUUUAUUAAUGGACCCAUGAAAUAAGGGUGAAAAUGACCUAUGGCGGAAGUUGAAUCACAAACAGAGAGACUCUGAGUAAGCUGGACAGUGCCUGUCCCAUAAUCCCUGCUAGUCGGGUCAAGGGACCAUGGGAGAUGGAGUCGGCAAUGCGGUGGGAGAAGGGAUGAAUCAGUCUCACGUGCUCUUUGACCGCUUUGUCCAGGCCACCACCUGCAAAGGCACUCUCAAGGCUUUUCAAGAGCUUUGUGACUUCCUGGAACUCAAGCCCAAUGAAUACCGUGUGUUCUACCACAAACUCAAGUCCAAGCUCAACUACUGGAAAGCCAAAGCUCUCUGGGCCAAGUUAGACAAGCGUGCCAGCCACAAAGAAUACAAAAAAGGAAGGGCCUGUGCCAACACCAAGUGUCUGAUCAUUGGCGCUGGACCAUGUGGUUUACGAACAGCCAUAGAGCUGGGCUUCCUUGGAGCCAAGGUGAUUUUGCUGGAGAAAAGGGAUGCAUUCUCCCGAAACAAUGUGCUCCAUCUUUGGCCUUUCACCAUUCACGAUCUGAGGGGUCUUGGAGCCAAGAAGUUCUAUGGCAAGUUUUGUGCUGGAGCCAUCGACCAUAUCAGUAUUCGCCAGUUGCAGCUGAUGCUUUUGAAGGUAGCUCUUCUCCUUGGCAUUGAGAUUCACGUCAACGUGGAGUUCAGAGGCCUCAUUGAGCCACCAGAAGACCAAGAGAAUGAGAGAAUUGGGUGGAGAGCUGAGGUCCACCCCAGAACACAUCCAGUCAAUGAGCUAGAGUUUGAUGUCAUAAUUGGGGCAGAUGGGAGGAGAAAUACACUGUCAGGUUUUAAGAGGAAGGAGUUCAGGGGCAAACUGGCUAUCGCUAUCACAGCUAACUUCAUUAACCGCAACACGACUGCAGAAGCGAAGGUAGAGGAGAUCAGUGGAGUAGCCUUCAUCUUCAACCAGAAGUUUUUCCAGGACCUUAGAGAAGCCACAGGAAUUGACCUGGAAAACAUUGUCUACUAUAAGGAUGACACACACUACUUUGUAAUGACUGCCAAAAAGCAGAGCCUGCUGGAGAAGGGCGUCAUUCUACAUGACUAUGCUGACACAGAAAUGCUGCUGUCCAGGGCCAAUGUUGACCAGAAGGCUCUGCUGUCCUAUGCCAGAGAAGCAGCAGAUUUUUCUACCAAUCAUCAGCUUCCCAAGCUGGACUUUGCCAUCAACCAUUACGGCCAACCUGAUGUCGCCAUGUUUGACUUCACCUGUAUGUACGCCUCAGAGAACGCAGCACUCGUCCGCCAGCGCAACGCCCAUAAGCUGCUAGUAGCCCUGGUGGGGGACAGUCUUCUAGAGCCAUUCUGGCCGAUGGGCACUGGAAUAGCAAGAGGUUUCUUGGCAGGCAUGGAUGCAGCAUGGAUGGUGCGGAGUUGGGCUCAAGGAAGCUCUCCUUUGGAGGUGCUGGCUGAACGGGAAAGCAUCUAUCGACUGCUGCCUCAGACGACACCAGAGAAUGUGAGCAAGAACUUUAGUCAGUACAGCGUGGACCCGACUACACGGUACCCCAACAUCAGCCUUCACCAAGUCAGACCCAACCAGGUACGGCAUCUGUUAGACUCUGGAGAAAUCAGGGAUUUGCGUGUCGACAUGGAGAAUGUGGUCAACUCUUCAACUCCUAAACUCACAAGAAAUGAAAUUCUGCUUGAGAAGCAAUUGCAAGAAUCCAUCGUGCGCUCCAGUAAGCUGCUGAACUGGUGUCAAAGGCAGACGGAGGGAUACAGAGGUGUCAGCGUGUCUGAUCUCACCACGUGCUGGAAGAGCGGCCUGGCUCUGUGCGCGCUCAUCCACUGUUACAGACCAGACCUCAUUGACUUUGACUCGCUGGAUGAGAAAGAUGUGGAGAAGAACAACCAGUUGGGUUUUGACGUGGCCGAAAAAGAGUUUGGGAUUUCUCCCAUCAUGACUGGGAAGGAGAUGUCUGUUGUGGUGGAGCCUGACAAGCUCUCCAUGGUGAUGUACCUCAGCCAGUUCUACGAGAUGUUCAAGGACACCGUGCCACCUGGUGAAAACCACAAUAUGAGCCCUGAGGAGAAGGCUGCGUUGAUUGCCAGCACUAAAUCACCCAUCUCGUUCUUCAGUAAACUGGGUCAAAGCAUCGCCAUCUCCCGCAAACGAAACCCCAAGGAUAAAAAAGAAAAGGAGCUGGAUGGACUGGGGAAAAGACGAAAGACCAGCCAGGCUGGACAAUCAGAGGAUGAAGAGCUGCAGAGGGUUAAUCGAGACGACAGGCCCUCUAUAGCUGCAGCUCUGGCAGAGCGUAAAAUUGACUCUGCUGCAGCAGUGAACAACAACAAUAAAGUGAAGGUGAUGGCUACACAGCUGCUAGCGAAGUUUGAGGAGAACGCCCCCACGCAGUCCACCGGACUCAAGCGACAGGGGAACUCCAUGCCCGAUCUGGGGCUCAUACUGACCCCCUCUCUGAAAGAGUCAGUGCGGCUGGCUCCAGUCCCUGCUUGGAGGAAGAGACGCACACCAUUACAGGAGCAGAUGAGUUUCCACUAUAAGGAAAGACUGAAGUGUCAAACUCUCCCAAUCAAACAGGAGCAGGCCAGCAGCGGGACUGAGGUCUUGAGGUGCUGCCCUAAGAAAACCAUUCUCCUUUCUUCUUCCUCACCCUCAUCUUCCUCAUUCUCUUCAUCGUUUCCUCCACAUGCACAGCAUUAUGUUAACCAGUCAGAGAUAAACACGUGUAAUGGUGGUGGUGAUGAAGAGAAUGAGAUCCAGGACCCUUCAAUCUAUUACAGGGAAGAUAACCUGCCUAAUGAGGACAAGCCAGAGCCCAUACAUAUCCCUAGCAUUCAAGAGCGAGUGGACACUCUAGUGUCUAGGUUUAAAGGCAAGCCUGACAGAAAGGACAAGCCACAGGUUCUGAAAAAGCCAUCACGAUUCUUUGAGCAGUGGCUUUUGACCCACCGCCUCAGUCCUGAGCAACCCUUUUACCCUUCUGACCCCCAGCAUCAGCGGAGGGAGGUUUUGCGUUCUGAUGAUCACCUGCCUUUACACAUCCCCAGCAUUCAGGAGAGAGCCGAGAGGUUAGCCUCUCAGUUUAAAGACAAACCAGCAAAGCCAAAGUCUAAGAAAAAGGCCCCAGACUUCUUCACAGAGCAUUGGUACAGACCACGUGAUGCCAGCUCUGUUAGCCCUCUGCACUCUCCCAGCUCUUUCCGGCAGGGUUCCUUGCGGAAGGAGUUCCCUCAGAACAUUGGAGGCAGUGAUGUGUGUUUUUUCUGUCGUAAGCGUGUGUACGUGAUGGAGCGUCUCAGCGCAGAGGGAAAGUUUUUCCAUCGCAGCUGCUUCAAGUGCGACUACUGCGGCACCACCCUCCGCCUGUCCUCCUACGCCUUCGAUGUUGAGGACGGGAAGUUUUACUGUAAACCACACUACUGCUACCGACUUUCUGGUCUGGCACAAAGAAAGCGGCCUGCUGCUCCUGCUCCCGUAAAUGCCAAGGAGCCCCAGGUGUUGGCGGUAACCCCCAACACAGUGGACGCCCCAGGCCAAGCCAUAACUUCUCAGGACCCUGUGGAACGCCGGCCCUCAGUCACAGAGGUGAACGGGGUGACAGAGCCCAGCGUGGCCAAACGUCUUAAAGGGACUCCUGAGAGGAUCGAGCUGGAGAACUACCGUCUCUCUAUGAUGAGAGAAGAGGAGCUGCAGGAGGUGCCUGAGGAGACGCUGGCCGAGCACAACCUCAGCAGUGUGCUGGACAAAGCCACCUACGUCGAGGAGGGAUCCAGCAGCUCAGAGUCUGAUAUGGAGGAAGAGGAUGAAGAACCAGAAGCGGCCGGCCCGUCCGAUCUGGGUGGGGUUCCCUGGAAAGAGGCGGUGGAGCUCCACGCUAAACUAAAAGGAGAAAGCGACCCCGGUGCAGCUGAUUACGACAAUGGUCUUCAUGAUGGAGAGAUGGACGAGGAUGAAGAGGAGGAGGAAGAUGAAGACGAGGAGGAGGAAGAAGAGGAGUCGAGUGAUGCGGGAGAGUAUUUCCCCUGGGACAGGGAGCUUCAGUCAGGUCUUUGGUUGGAAAAUCUCACAAAUGAAGAGGAUACAGGUGUAUUUAAAGCUAGGAACCUGCACAUCCAGCAAGCCAUACAUCCAGUAGACCCUCUGGACAUCCAGAUGGACAACCACUGGACAUCCAAACCUGCUGAAGGACUGGUUGGGGUCCCCUUGCUGUCACCUUUAGGCUCUCAGCCCUCGCUGAACAACACCCAGCUCACACAGCCCACCUCCUCCACAGCCCCCUCCCACAAAUCCAUGCGUCAUGAGUCUGUCAGAGCCUGGUUGGACUCGAUGUCUGGAGAGCCCUGUGAAGAGGAUGAUGACCCAGAAGCAGAAGCCGGCAGUCCUGACUUUGAGCCAGGCACUGAAAUAGAUCAAGAGGACAUUCCCUCAGAUGCAGAGGCUGAAGCUCGCUCACAUUGCAUUGAUGAAGUGGUGAUGCUUCCAGUGGAUAAUGGCAAAGCAGAGAUCCAGGGACACGUUUCCAACACUGAGAAAACGUCUGCAAAUCCAAUGGAAUUGAUUGUGGAUGUUGUGCUGUCUCCAAUCCAAAAACCUGCAUUACCCAUAGAAGAGGUAAAAGAAGUUUCUCCUGUAAUACUAGUUAAAUCUCCUGGUGCACGUUUUUUUCCUGAGCCCUAUCUACUUGAUGAUGUCAAACCAAACAUUCCCUUGCCUCUUAGUCCUGAUGCUAAAAGUCCUUAUUCACCUGCUGCUCAAAUUAUUGCGCUGUCUCCCAUCUGCUCCCAACCUGUUCCACAACCAGAAACAACGUCUCUUAAAUCUCCUGUACAGCAUGAGCCUUGUGCCUGCUCUCCAACAGGUAAUCCUUUGUCUCCGAUAUGUACUCAGUCACAACCCUGCAACGAGCCACCCUCACCCCUCUCCACAAGCUCCCCUGUCAGGACUCAGCCAGUCCCAGCUAUCACUUCCACUCCUUUGGCUAAACCUUCUUCUGAGAAGAGAACCAAUGAACCCUUGAAAGAUUCAGUGCCUGAGGAAACCCCCGUCAAGAAAACGGACCUCAUUGAGGAGUUCUGGUUGAAGAGUGCAGAGAUCAGAAAGAGUUUAGGACUCUCUCCUCUGGAGCGAAGCAAACCAUCAGUGGAGAAGAGCAUUGUGAAAACUCCAACGCCUGGAUCACCAUCUCCAAAGUCUUUCACCCCAGAGGACUUGUCUGAAGAGCAUAAGCCUUCUUUCACAGGCCGUUCUGUCAUACGCAGGAUCAACAUUACUUUGGAGGGUCAGGUUAUAUCUCCGGUGGAACCUAAGAGUAGUGGUUCUGAAAAGAAGGACUUGAGCAGCAGUUCAGGGUUGGGUCUUAAUGGAAGCGUGACUACAAGUCAGACAGUAGCUAGUGACAGCUACAACAACUCUGAUUCUACAAUGCUUACUCCUCCUUCCAGUCCCCCACCACCUCCACCUAAUGAGGAACCAGCUUCUCUCCAAAACAAAAGGUCCCAGAUGUCCUGGGACAACCUUCUUGAAGCCACAGAGGAGCCUAAACCUGAGACUACACCCCCUAAACCUAAGACUCCAGUUAGUCCUCCUCAACCAAAACCACUUGUGGCUCCAGUUCCAGACCCUGGAACUAACCCACCUGUUGUUAUGAGAGUUAAGGAACCGAAUAAACCACGACGUGAAGAAGUGAGAAAGUCUUUUGUGGAGUGUGUAGAAGAGAUACCAUUUGCUGACGACGUUGAAGAAACAUAUGAUGACCACACUCCGGACACAAGUGUUCUGGAAAGAUUUUACACCCCGCCAACCAGCAAGGUCAAUCGUGAGAAGCCGCCUUUGCACCUGGCAAUGGAAAAUGGCAAGCCUAACAUACCUGGUGGAGUUUCCCAGACAGCAAAGGGUCCCCAACGUUUUUCUCCUGAAGCCAAGGAGAUUGCAGAAGAGCGAAUGCGGGCACGGGAAAAGUCUGUGAAGAGCCAAGCUCUGAAGGACGCCAUGUCCAAGCAGCUUACGAAGAUGAAAGAAUCAGAUGCUGCCAAGGGUGCUGUGGCAAAAGUAGCCUGGAAUGUUCCUGAGACAACAGGGAAAAGCAAAAAGCAAUCAAACACACUCAAGGACUCUGCAGUGAAGGCUUUGGAGUCCAAAAAGCAGACAGACACACCACCUGACCGUUUCUUCACCACACCGACCAGUAAGACCUUGGACAGUUCUGUCACAUCUUCAGAAAGCUCAACAGGGGGCAAAAGCAAGAAGCGCAGUUCACUGUUUUCUCCGCGCAAGAACAAAAAAGAAAAGAAAGCCAAAAAUGAAAGGCUCUCUGGCACAGAAGAGACUCCACCCAAACACAAGUCCCUGUGGAAGGCAGUGUUCUCUGGCUACAAGAAGGACAAAAAGAAAAAAGACGACAAGUCAUGCCCAAGCACAUCCUCCAGCUCUACAACUGAAGACUCUGGGAAGAAGAAAGAAUCACCAUUGGACAGGUCCUCAGAUUUACGUCUGAGGAGAAAUCUGAGCUUUUCUGAGGACUCUGAUCUCUCCUGUGAUGAUGUACUGGAAAGAUCCUCUCAGAAGUCCAAGGGUGAUCGUCAUAUGGACCUGUUUGACUUGGUAUCAGAUUUGAAAAAAGAUGAGAAAUCCAAAGAGAAGGAUAAGGACAGGGCAAAGGAAAAAGGAAAAAGAGUAACAAAGAAGGGCAAGGAAAGGUCAAAAGAGAGGGAGAACGAACGAAGAGUCAAAGAAAAGAUUGUGAAAAUGAAGGAUGUGGAGAAAGAGAAAGGAAAAGAGGAGGAGUCUGUUUAUGUACCUCAUGCACUGGCGUUCAAGAGAUCGUAUGCCACAAAGAAAACAUACACGGAGGAGGAACUCAAUGCCAAGUUAACAAGAAGAGUACAGAAAGCUGCACGGAGGCAGGCCAAACAAGAGGAGCUCAAGAGACUCCACAGAGCCCAGAUCAUUCAGAGGCAGCUGGAGCAGGUGGAAGAGAAACAGCGGCAGUUAGAGGAGAGAGGUGUGGCUGUGGAAAAGGCGUUGCGAGGGGAAGCAGGGUUGUAUAAAGGUACUAGUGUUAGUCCAAAACAGCGUAAGAGGCGCUCAGACUAUUGGGGAGAGUCUAAUUACAGUGAGAUCCUGGAUUUGCAUCUGGGCGUUGAGCCCUAUGUCGGGACCCCUCGCCGAAGAGCCCUGUACCUCUGCCCCUGCUGUGCCCCUGAAGGAAUGGGUAAAAAGGACGAUCCAAAGCUGAUGCAGGAAUGGUUUAAACUGGUCCAGGAGAAGAAUGCCUUGGUGCGCUAUGAAUCGGAGCUGAUGAUAUUUGCUCGUGAGCUGGAGUUGGAGGACAGACAGAGUCGACUGCAGCAGGAGCUCCGAGAACGCAUGGCAGUAGAUGACCAUCUGAAGACCGAGAAGGAACUUGCAGAGGAGAAACGGAUUCUUAAUGAAAUGUUGGAGGUAGUCGAGCAAAGAGAUUCUCUGGUGGCCCUGUUGGAGGAGCAGAGACUCCAGGAGAAAGAAGAGGAUAAGGACCUGGAGGCGGUGAUGCUUUCUAAGGGAUUCAGCCUCAACUGGGCUUAGCAUAACAAUGGCGAAACGCUUCUGACUGCCAGACUUUCCCAGUUUCACUGCAGGGAGUGUAAAAAAAUGCAGAAAGAACCAGUCCAUCUUCCCCCUUGUUUAAUUGGGCAUCAAGAACGUUUACAAAUCCACUCAUGAGCACGAUGAUGAUGUUUACGAGUUCUUCUGGCACGACUCAGGGCGUUUCCCUCGCCAGCCAAGGCAUUGGUUUUGUGCAAGACGCUCUCUCAUUCAGAAUGAGUUUUUUUUUUUUUUUGGUUUUGAAAAGGGACAUAUCAAUCCUGCUGAUGUUGAGGAAGUCUGAGACUAAUGAUCUUACAAAAAGCCAGUCUUGUUUUUCAGACGACGUCUGGUUUAAUCACCGGUUACGUUUUCAUGGACUAAAGGUUUUUGGAUAAACGUAUAAGCAACAGACCUCCAUGAAACAGAUGAAUGAAGUCUUUAGGUGUGGUUCACAGAUAAGCAUGUGGUAGACUUCUGUAAUAGUCACAGACAUCCUCAGUGACCGACACGUUGUGUUUGUAGCAUCAACAAUUGCACAGUUUUCAAAUCUGUCAGUAGCCACCUGAUAUUAGAGAUACUGGUGUUUGCAGGGAACGCAACGAUCUCAAUAUUACGCACUUCACUGAUGUUGGUUUCCAUUUGUCUCGAGCGGCAUUGCCACACAUAUAUCCUAAAAUCAGUUUACAAUCAUUUAUAAUCCAUGAAUAUCUGAUACUUGUAUUAUAGUUUACAUAAAGCAGUGGAGUAUAUAUUAGUAUGUAAACUUCCUCAAUGCAGAUAAUUCAUAAGAAUAUCUAUCUACACACAAUAUGCAUUGAUGUACAAUCAAGUGCGUUGUGCAUUUAUUGGUUGGUAAUUGGAUUUAUGAACAGUUGAGGCACCCACUGCUUUUCUGACUUUAUUUGGUAUCAGAGCAGAUGAAGAAUUGGUGCCCAUUUUCACAUUUAAUUAUCUUCCACCAAGGUUUGGUGUUGUAUUCCACUUUCUCCAGGCUUGGAGCAACAUGCCUUUUUUUUAAACUUCUCAUGCAACAGCUUUACACAUCCACAGAGUUUUCUUAUGUUUGCAGAGUGUGUUAUUUAUAAUUGUCUUUAUAAAGUUUUAUACCACGAGAAAUCGUUCCAGCACUGUCGACAGACACCGGUGCUGAUUAACAGCGGGAGCACGUUGUCAUGCUCGUAACAUCAAUAUUGCAAAUGAACAUGCCUUUUUCCUAAGUGUACAUUUCAUUUUAGUCACCGUUAUGCUGUAUAGAUGGGCACAGAUUUUUUUGUUGUUGUUUUUAAGUACAGAUAACUGUGAAUGAAAACAUACACAUGGUCAAAGAGUUAUUUAGACUAAAAUGUUUGACAGAUUUUAUGGUAUUUAUUAACAUGUGAAAAAAAUGUAUUAUAUGUAAAGUAAAUAAAUCCUAAUUUUUAAAAAUGUUGUUGGCUCUUGAAAAAGCUUCAUGUUGCUAAUUUGCAUAUUGGGUAUUGGAUGUAUGCAGAGGCAAUAAAACAAUGCAGUAACAAAUGA